CCACAGACUCUCUCUCUCUCUCGGGCAAGCGCACGGACGCUUUCUAGUUUUUUCAGUACUCGAAAGCAAACGACGGUAGGAUUCCCAAAUCCGAGAUACUGCCUUCUCUUCUCCACCGCCGAGAGAAAAAAAAAAUCUGGCCGGAAGUCUGAGAGUCUCGGAGCAAAACGUGUAGCCGGACUUCCGUGGAGGAGAUCGCGGGAGAAAAAAAAGUAUUACAAUAGAAGUUGACAAACAUGACAGAUGGCGGGAGCCGGAAGGUGGUGGUGGAGGUUUGCAACGCGAGGAAUCUGAUGCCCAAGGACGGGCAUGGAACGGCGAGCGCAUUCGUGAUCGUGGACUUCGACGGGCAGCGGCGGCGGACCAAGACCAAGCUUCGCGACCUCAACCCCCAGUGGGACGAGAAGCUCGAGUUUCUGGUCCACGACCCCGACGCCCUGCCCACCGAGACCCUCGAGAUCAACGUCUACAACGACAAGAAGACCGGCCGCCGCAGCACCUUUCUCGGCAAGGUCAAGAUCUCCGGCGCCAGCCUUCUCGCCUGGAGGGGGACGUCCGAGGCCGAGGCCCAGGCCUCCCCGUUGGUUUACUAUCCCUUGGAGAAGAGGAGUGUCUUCUCUCAGAUCAAGGGAGAGAUCGGCCUCCGGAUCUGCUACGUCGACGAGCCACCGCCGCCGGCUGCUGCUGCCACCGAAGCUUGUCCGGCUGCGGCCGAACAAAAGCCCGACGACCCGCAGGCUGCCGUGCAGGAGAAGAAGGUUGAGGGAAAUGGUAAGCCACCGGCGACGGUGACGGACGGGGAGAAACUGAAGGAGGAGAAAUCAGAGGACAAGCCAUCCGCUUCUAAAGAAGAUGAGAAGAAGGACUCGCCACUGGGAAAUCCAAAGCAGGAGUCCACUCCGGCCGCCGGCGAUGCUUCAAAACCGAAUGAAGAGAAGCAAGGACCACCCCUGCCGCCGUCCCCGGCGAAGGAUCCGCAUCACUCCAGCUUCAGCGACCUCGAGAUCCGAGCCGUCACCAGCGAGCGCGCCGGUGGGAGCUCGUACGAUCUCGUGGACCGCGUCCCAUACCUCUUCGUCCGUGUCCUUAAAGCGAAGCGCGGGGGAUCCGCCGAUGCCUGGCGUCCCUGUUACGCCAAGGUGGUCAUCGGGAGUCACAGCGUCCAAACGCGAACAAUCAAGUCCGCGGACUGGGAUCAGGUGUUCGCCUUCCACAAGGACAGCCUGAAUUCCACCGCUUUGGAGGUGUCUGUUUGGGAGGAGGAGGAGGAGGAGGAGAAAAAAGAGGGCGGCGACGAUAACAAUAAUGAGGUAGUCGACGCGAGCCUCGGGUCCGCGUCGUUCGACCUCCAGGAGAUCCCCAAGCGGUCCUCGCAGGACAGUCCCCUCGCCCCCCAGUGGUACACUUUGGAAGGACCGCCGGAGGGCUCGCUGGGGAACGAUGUCAUGCUCGCGGUCUGGAUCGGGACCCAGGCGGACGAGGCGUUCCAGGAGGCGUGGCAGUCGGACUCCGGCGGCCUGAUCGUGCACACAAGGUCCAAGGUCUACCUCUCCCCCAAGCUGCGGUACCUCCGGCUCACGGUCAUCCAGACCCAGGACCUGAGGUUCCCUUCUCCGCCUUCGCUGGUAAAUCCCGAGUCCAAGGCGGCCCGGCCUCCAGAGCUCUACGUGAAGGCCCAGCUGGGCUCGCAGCUCUUCAAGACCGGGCGGGUGGCGCUCUGCACCUCCUCCAGCUCCGCCAAUCCCAGCUGGAACGAGGACCUCCUCUUCGUGGCCGCGGAGCCCUUCGAACCUUUCCUCACGAUCGUGGUGGAGGACGCGACCGCAGGCAAGUCCGUGGGCCAGGCGAGGGUGGCGCUCUCGAGCGUCCAUCGGCGCCUGGACGACUGGGCUGAGCCGCCAUCGCGGUGGCUGAACCUGGCCGGCGGCGACGCGGAGCGGCCCUAUGCGGGUCGGGUGCACGUGCGGGUCUGCCUGGAAGGCGGAUACCACGUGCUGGACGAAGCGGCACACGUGGCGAGCGACGUCCGCGCGGCCUCGAAGCAGCUGUCGAAGCCCCCAGUCGGGCAGCUCGAGGUGGGGGUCCGGUGGGCGGCCAACCUGGUGCCGAUGAAGGUGGCCAAGGACGGGGCCAGCGGGUCCACAGAUCCGUACGUGGUGCUCAAGUACGGGCCCAAGUGGGCCCGCACGCGGACCAUUCUCGACAACUUCAACCCCCGGUGGAACGAGCAGUACGCCUGGGACGUGUUCGACCCCUGCACCGUCCUCACCGUCGCCGUCUUCGACAAUGUCCGGUUCAACAUUAGUGAUAAUAGCAAAAAGGAUGUGCGGAUCGGGAAGGUCCGGAUCCGGCUGUCGACGCUGGACACGAACCGGGUGUAUUCGAAGACGUUUCCGCUGACGGCGAUCCAGCCGACGGGGGCGAAGAAGAUGGGGGAGCUGGCACUGGCGGUCCGGUUCAGCUGCUCUUCGUGGUUGAGCCUGAUCCAGGCGUAUGGUAACCCGAUGCUGCCGCGGAUGCACUACGUGCGCCCGCUGGGUCCGGCACAGCAGGACGUGCUGCGGGGAACGGCCAUGCGGAUCGUGUCGGCCCGGCUGGCCCGGUCGGAGCCGCCGCUGGGGCCGGAGGUGGUGCAGUACGUGCUGGACACGGACGCGCACGCCUGGAGCAUGCGUCGGAGCAAGGCCAACUGGUUCCGGGUUGUGGGGUGCCUCUCCAAGGCCGCCGGGGUGGCCCGCUGGGUCCACUCCAUCCGCACGUGGGAGCGCCCCUCCACCACCGUGCUUGUACACGUGCUGCUGGCCACCGUGGCGCUCUGGCCCAACCUCAUCCUGCCCACCGCGUUCUUGUAUCUGUUCUUGAUACUGAUAUGGAGGUACUACCAGGCGCGGCCGAGGGAGCCGAGCGGGAUGGACCCGCGGCUGUCGCAGGUGGACACGGUGGGGCCGGAUGAGCUUGACGAGGAGCUGGACGGGUUCCCGACGGCGCGGGCGGUGGAGGUGGUGCGGGUGCGCUACGACCGGCUGAGGGUGGUGGCCGGGAGGGCCCAGGCGCUGCUGGGGGACGUGGCGGCGCAGGGAGAGCGGGUGGAGGCGUUGCUUGCCUGGCGGGAUCCACGGGCCACCGCCAUCUUCGUGGUCCUCUGCCUUCUGGCCUCCGUGGUCUCCUACGCGGUGCCCUUCCGGAUACUGGCUUUGGCGAUGGGAUUCUACUACAUGCGGCAUCCCAGGUUCCGCGACGACAUGCCGUCGGCGGCCUUUAACUUCUUCCGCCGCCUGCCCUCCCUCUCCGACAGGAUCAUCUAGCGUAGUCUACUCUACUCCAGCGUAUUGAUUAAUUUAUUUAAUUAUUUGGAUGCACGGGCGGUAGGUCGUUACGCGUUAGACCGUGGCUAGCUGCUUUAUUUAGCUGGUUCCGUGAUCGAUGCGGGUACUCAAUUUUAAAUCUUUGAUGAUAUUCCUGCCCGAUCAUGUCUUAAUUUAUUUAUUUACGGUAGAUUUGAUUAAGGAUUAAAUGUACUUCCUUUUUCGAGAAACUUAAAUGUAGUUAUUUGUUUGUCGGUUUAUUUAUUUGAUAAAUAAAUGCGCAGUAUGUUGUGUGGUGAGGCUGAUUGGCCGUCGCGCCCCUACGCGCCGUCAGCUUUAAAA